AUUGGCUAGAAGGAAAUCAACGAUUUAAUUUAGCUUCCAAAAGAUGGCUCUAGCGGGAAAGCUUGAGAUCAAUUUUGAGCUCAAGUGCUCUGCUGAUAAGUUCUUUGAAAUUUUAAGCUGCCAAGCUCACCAAAUUCCCAAUGCCUCCUCUGGUGAAAUCCAUGCCAUUGAGGUACAUGAAGGUGACUGGGUGGCUACUGGAUCUGUCAAGCUCUGGACAUAUACAAUAGAUGGAAAGCCAGAAGUUUUCAAAGAGAAGGUUGAAGUCGACGAGGUGAACAAGUCAGUGUCUCUGAUUGCCGUGGGAGGACAUGUCCUGGAACAAUACAAGAGCUACAAGAUUACACUCAAGACUGUUUCCAUGGCCGAGGGGGGCGUCGUUAAAAUUCUUCUGGAUUAUGAAAAACUCAAACCAGACGACCCACCUCCUAACAAGUACUUGGACUUUGUCAUUAAUGUUGUCAAGGAUAUCGAUGAACACCUUGUCAAGGCCUGACCAGGGACACCUAUACAUUUGCCUUCAUGGAAUCUGUAAUGUUAAAUAAAACUGGGAUUUCCUGCCGUUGCUGCUUCCUCUGUGUCUGAAUAGUCUCUAUGUAAGUGCCAUUCACGGGCUUGGAUGUUGCUCCAUGUCGAUGUAUGUCUUGUUGUAUGUGCAUGACGGGAACUUGGAAAUCCCAAGAGUAAUUAAUGGGUAUGGUUAUGUUAUAAACAAUUAACUCA